AUUUUAAUUUAACUAAUCAUACACGCAUCGCGGUAGAUGAAUUUUUGUUUUAAAAUGGCCAGAUCCUUUUACAGAAUAUAAAGAAACUAGGAAAGAAUUGAAGAGUUCGAGCUUAUUUACGAAACCGUUGUUUAAGAAAAUAAAUUUAGUUUUGUUAUGGCUUUUGGAUUGACUCAAUGGUUAAUAUCAUUUAUAAUAUUUUUAACUAUUAUGUCAAUUAUUACCUGGUCCGCGAUACAUUUAAGUAACAGAAAUGGGAUCUCCAUGGAUAUCGCCCUGAGAUUUCUUGAUGUAAAUGACUCAAUCGAAUGGGAAAAAAUCGUGCUAAACUCGACACCAUCAGUGAUAGAAAAAACUGAUAGUUUGACGUUAUUCGCAAAUGAUCAAGGCUCCGAAAUACCAGACAUUGUGCAAUUUCAGAAAAUAUUGCAAACCUUUUACACAACUAAUAGUAACAUUGUUAAUAGUGCGAAUUAUGAUAUUACGACAGUAUUCAUCAGUAUUAGUAAUAUUUCAACAUUGAGCGAUAAUACGACUAUGUCACACAUCUCUGAUAAGACCUCUACAUUAGAUAAUCAUAAAAAUGUCAGCGAGAAAGUCACAGAACGACCAGAUCAUAUUUCGCAAACUACACAUCCAGAGUUAACGUACGAAGUGAAAUUAUUCGACAUCGACAAAUUGUGGAAUUCGAGUCGAUUUAUUGGAGCGAAGCUUUCCGGACUUUUUCGGGAUGAAAAAAAUGGAACAUCAAAUAUGUCUGUUUUUACAUCCACGCGAACAUUAUCUGAAGCAAAACAAACGGAUGCAACAGACCAACCAAUAAUACAUACUAUGCAAAAUGGAGAACUUGAGAUAUCGACAAAAAACCCUAUAAAAUAAUAUUUUAUAUAUUUCGUUAUCCCUUUCAUAUUUGAGUUUAUUUUA